AUGUUUAGUUUGCCUUUUUAUCAGUUCACCUCCUAUCGAUCUCGAUUUUCAGAAGGCUCAGCUUCGAAUAGAUACUUCGACGAUAUCAUACCAUUGGGUGAAAGUGAAGUACAAGAUGCUCUAUUGCGUGAAGUAAAGCGGCAUCGCUACUGGAAGACGUCCGCCUUCAAGAAAAUGCAGUUUGAGCGGCUUGAGAUGCUCAGCUGUUUGCAUUAUGUACUUGAAUCAUUCACGGAAGCACGAUCGACAUCAGAAGCGGCUGAAGCCGUUAAUCCGGGUCAGCUGCUUGACCAUGCCACAACGUCCAUCACGAAUCCAUGGGAUUAUGAAGUGCAGCCAUCGAGAAUGUUCACUGACCAGGUUCGAGUUUUGGAAAUGCCUGGCAGCAGUACGAUAAAUCCGUGUUCCGUGUGCAACUCUGAAGGCACCUAUCAUUGCUUCCAUUGCCGAGGUUACGGUACGGACAAAUGCAACUUCUGCAGAGGAACAGGAAUGAAGUCGGGUGUCGCUCAUCCUGCCGUCUAUACUCAUCCCAUGGUCGCCACAUUUCCACACGCUGAUCUGACACGAGGCUAUGCCUCUUCGUCUACAGCGAUGGUUCGUCAAGGAGCUAAUCAAACCUAUGGACUUGGCACACCUAUGCACUUCAUGUCCAAAACCGGCGUUCCACCACCUGGAAUAGGAACACAUGACUUAUGUUACAUGUGCCAUGGACGUGGUGUAAAAGAAUGCCAUCAUUGUAAAGGUGGUGGUAAAAAACCAUGCACAGCCUGUGCUGGUACAGGCAGCGUCCGGAACUACACCAAGCUGAAAGUCUACUUCAAAACCGAACGUUCUGAGUUCUUCACCGAGUCUGAAGUGCCAGAAAAACUCCUAGCACAGGUCAAAGGCAAAGAGAUCUUUUGUGAAGAGCAACCAUAUGUUCUCCCAAUCAGUAAAUACCACGUUGAGGAGGUCAACGAGAAAAGCAAGUUGUUCUGUGCACAACACCUCCAGAACAGUAUGGGAACGUGUCGCGUGAUUCAGCAACGACAUUGUCUGGUGGCGAUCCCCGUCUGCAAGGUUUACUAUACCCUAGGAAAAACGAAAGGCACUUUCUACGUCUAUGGGAACGAGAGGCAAUGCUACGUUCCAAGUUUCCCUUCAAAAUGUGUUAUUUUAUAA